AACACACAAUUGCUGAAAACACUACACGUUGCGAACCCUUGCCAUCGUGGCACUCUGAGACCCCUUAGCUAUGACAUCUGUUACAACUGACUUUGGCUUUUUCCUACCUCCUUCCCUCCCUCUACACUAAUCUUUAACCAAAUCCAACUCAAACCCAUUUUCCACAGUAAAAAUCUCUAUCAAAUUCUGCAGAAACUCCAUAAAAAUUAUAGCAGAAGUUCCAUCAAACUCUGCAGGAAUUCAUGGGCUCAGAAACUUUCCUGGAAGUGAUAUUGGCAAUACUACUACCACCUGUUGGAGUCUUUCUGCGUUAUGGCUGUGGAGUGGAGUUCUGGAUCUGUUUGCUGCUAACAAUAUUGGGAUACAUACCAGGAAUCAUAUAUGCCAUCUAUGUGUUAGUGGGAUAGCCCUCAUGACGAUGUUAAUGUAGUAUGAGAGUUUUUUAUGUGAUAUGAUCUAUGUGGUUGUUGAUGCUUUCAGAAUAGCAAAAUUAUGGGUGUUUUCAGAGUAAAUUUCUUAUUUUUGUUAUGUUUACAAUUCACAAUAAUUUGAGUAAUGUAAGUGUUAUUUUACCUUGAUCUAUGAGCUGAAAA